AAGUUUCCAGAUAAAGGAUCAUAGCGAUUCCCUUUGUGGUUACGGUUCUUUGUGCUUGCCCUUUCCUGGAAGAUCCCAAUGGCCACCAUUUCCCUGGUUGCUCUCCUUGGGUGUUUGUUUAUUUUAGUUUCCUAUAUGUGCUGUUAUUCUGUUAUGUUUUCGGUUUUAUUUUUAUGUAUUCAUGCAUGCACGUUGUAAUGCUAGAAAACAUGCACAAGAAUGGUGAACCCUACCUUCAGGGUAAGGGUUUGCUCAUGAGGAGAGAGUUUGGGUACAAGGCAGAUGUCAACUAUCUGUAGUGUUUUAAGAACUUUUUCAAUGUGUGGGCACCUGGGUGGCUCGGUGGGUGAAGCCCCUGACGCUUGGUUGUGGCUCAGGCCAUGAUCUCACGGUUUGUAAGAUCAAGCCCCACAUCAGGCUCUGUGCUGACAGUGUGGAACCUACUUGGGAUUCUCUCUCUCUCAAUCUCUUUCUCUUGCACUUACCCUGCUUGCACAUACUCUCUCUCUCUCUCUCUCUCUCUCAGAAUAAAAAACUUUUUCAGUGUAUGUCUCUUGAAGAUAAGAACUCUUUGUUUUAAACAUAGACAUAAUACUGUUUUCACACCCAGAACAGUAGUUAACAGUAAUUCUUUUAUGUCACAUAUCCGGUGUGUUCAGUAUUCCCAUUGUGCAGACAGAUACCAGAAAGACAAAUCUUAGGGGUGUCACGUACAACAUGAUGACUAUAGUCACCACCGCUGUAUGGUGUGUUUGAGAGUUGUUGGGAGAGUAGAUCCCAAGAGUUCUCAUCACAAGGAAAAAACAUUUUUCCCUUCUUUUCCUUUUUUUCUUUUUGUACCUGAGAUGAUGGAUGGUAACUCAUUUCACAGUAUGUGAACAUCACAUCACUAUGCUACAUAUUGAUUAUGUCUUAAUAAAACUGGCGAAAAAUUAAAAAAAAAAAACCCAAAUCCCUGUUUGGUAUCUCGUAUGUUUGGAGGCCACACUUUGGGCUGGAGCAGUGGCUCUCAAGCGUGGUCCUGAUGUGAGCUGCACUCGCAGCACCUGGGAACUCUUCGAGACUACGUGAAAUUCUGGACCCCACCCCAGAGGGACUGAACCACAGAUCUGGGGGUGGGGUCAUUCUCUAGGUGAUGCGAAUGCACGGCAGCCUUACGGGAAAUACUGGUCUAAGGAAGACCACGAUGGUAUACUCUUUUCACACCCUAUUUGAUGUUUGGUCUUUGUGUUUAACACAGCAGUAUAUCCCGAGAUGCUCCAAAUAACCCAAGAUGGUUCACUUACACCUGGGUCUCUGUGAUAGAAGAAGUCUAUAGUUUGGUCUUUCGUCCCUGGCUCCAGGCCAGAGCUCCCAAAAGCCCUGUAACUUCCCAAACCUAAUAGAAGCAUCUUUUGUUUUAAUAUUUGGUUAUUGUUCCCAGCCCUGGAAACCGCUCUGGAGCGGUAAGUUUUGUUAGUCAAAACAAGCCCCUUUCAACCACACCUGAGUGUAUGUUAAUAAGGCGACUCGGGGAAAGCCUCUAAUUAUGGGGGCUGGUUGCCAGGGGAACCACGAGUGUUUGGAGGAUUGGUACUUACAGGCUCCACCCCCUGACCUCCGGGGAGGCGAGAGGGGCUGGAGGUUGAGUUAAACACCAGGCGCCAAUCAUUUAGUUCCUUAAGCCUACCCUAUAAGAAGGGGUUUGGAGCGCUUCUGGCUCGAACCCGCGGAGGUGCUCGGAGCUGGGGGCGGGGCGGCGCCUUGGGCCUCUCGUCCGGCUGCUGCUGAACCGUAGCCUUCUUGGCAAAUUGGUCAUCUGUACCACGUCAGAACCCGUGUGGGACUUGGUGAGAGACGUGGGUUCCAGCUUUUCCUUGUUGGCCCCUACUUCGUAGCCAGCUCUCCUCGAUUGCCUGCCUACUUGAAAUACAGCAGUUCCAGACAAUUCCAGAUUCGAGAACAGACACAGCUCCUCCAAUUAUGUCAUCUCCAACACGCACGUCCUCCUCCCCUGCCCCGUCCACGGAGACUUCUCUGGUGUUCGUUCCCCAGAUGCUCCCAGAACUCACAGGAAAGGGAAAAGACUAACGAUAGCUGUUGAGCAGAGGAUGUCCAGGACUGUUGGUUGAUGGAUUCAGCCAUAUAUGUGUACCCGGCAUCAGACAAGGCUCUGUCAUAGUGCUGUGUGCUUCCCGCAUGGCAAGUGGCUGAAUCAGUUCUACUUCAUACACCGAUCCAUGUGGCUUCACCACCAGAGGUUGAGAAGUGGAUCGAGAUGUGUAGAGAAGAGUGUAACUCGGACAGAAUUGCUCCCGAAGUCUUGAGCUCCAGUCCAGACUCCACGAUUUCACUUACCAGUCAGAUUGCUCAAUCUGAAAACAAAGAGCUCUUUGAUAAUGCACUAGAAAAAAGGGUUAAAGGAUGGUUUCGAACAAAUUCAAGAAAGAAUGAUCCAGUUCCCGCUUGGAGAAGGACACACGAGCUGAAUCCAGUGGGGCUGUGGGACCUGGGGAGGAAAUUUUUCAAUUCCUGGUGGUCAACCAAGACCCGGAAACAGAUGAUCCUCCUGGCAAACCGUCGGAAGAUCAGUAGCAGCCUGACGCUGUGUCACAACGCCUACGUCAUUCACCUCAUUUCAUCGCGUCAUGUAAACAUCUUAUCAUCUCCCAUCAUCACAGGAAGGGGAGAUGAGUUGUUCACGGCACUGAGACCAGGAAGGAAGAAAUCUGGAAGGAGGAUGAAGGAACGCUUGCAUGAAAUGAAGGCUCAGGCAGACUGGAGAUGUCACCUCCUCGAGGACAACUCGAUCCUUUUCAUCACGACUAGCCUCUUCAUGUUUGUUGAGCUGACGUAUGUGAUGAGUGGGCAGACGAGCCUCUGUGAUCUACUUUCUUCAUUCUGCAUCAUUCCUCUCUGGAGUAUUUCACAGGGACGUCCAAGCCAGCGUGGAAGAAUGAAGGACCGCAACACCAGGCAGAAACUAAGGGGAGCAACCAGGAGGAAUGUGUCUUGUGUUGGAAGCUACGCAAAACGCCAGGAAGACAUGUCUGCUUUUCUCAUCUAUCAGAGUGUCCUCUUUCAGAGGGCUGGGACUGUCCCUGGAUUUCUUCAGCCUUGCCGUAGAACCUUGCUGAAUGAUAUGAAAAAGGAGAUAGUCGAUAGCAUUUGGGAAAUUGGGUUGUAUGGUAAAUGACUUAAAAGAUGCAUAAAGUCUUGCUCUAGAGCAAGACAGUCCUAAACCCUUCUUUCACUUUUGACAUUUAAAUAAAAUACUUAAGAUCACUUUGCAUGUUUACAUGUAAGUUUUCCUUUAUUUAAUCACCAUAUGUAAACAAUUUGUUUCCUGGUAUCUGUAGUUUCUAACUCUUUCCUCCUCUCAAUUGAAUUAAUAAAUUGUAAUGAGGUUUUGUGUC